AACUACCUCCGACCAUGACAGAGGACAAAUUUGAGACUUUUGGAUCCAUCCUUUGCAGCGAGAAGUGGGACUUUGAUCCUAUUUGGGGGCUUACUAAAUGGAUGACAUUCAAUAAAGAUGGCACGGGCAAAAUAUUAUGUGGCCAAGAAGUCAACUUGUUCAUCGCCACAGAGUUCGAUUGGAAGCUUCAGAAUCCCAAGCUGCUCGACCAAGUCGUUGACACCUCUAGUCGUAUUCGCAAAAACACAAACAUUUUGUUGUGCGAGUUCGACCUCGACCUCACGCUUACCAAACGGCGCAUUCCAAAAAUGGGUAUAGACUUGCGCCGUGCCAGAAUAAACGAAGACGUGCUCAAGGACGAGGCAUUCGAGACAAAGUCGUAUACCGUUAGGCUGGAAAGAGGUGCAUUUUUUUCGUAUUGGGACAACUUGGACACAUCACGGUCCUCGUAUAUUUCCAGGUAUGAACUUCGUCUGGUUUUUGACAAGUCACCAUACCCCCCUCGAGACGAGUGGAAGGAACCAGAAGGGGCAGUUGAUGCGUUGAAGUUUUGGGAGUGGAAGGAAUUUGUUGCUCGUACACUUCCCGAGGAUGAACCUGCUUGGUGGAGGAGCUGUAUAGUCUGUUGAUCGUCAUAAUAUUGAAACAUGUACUGGAUCUCUUAAUGCCACUGCAAAUUGAAUUGUGUUGCCAGGGCCCAAGGGAAGAAUAUCGUUUAGCAGUGAUGGAAACAUAAAUCAGGGAAGUUGUGAAACGCUGUGGCAGCACGAUCAACAGUGGCA